AUGAAGGGACAAGAAGCCAACCGGAGACUCGACAUCCUCCCUGGACUUUGCAGUUACACGAACUGUCUUGAGUCCAGUAAGGUGAAUACGUUCGCACAGCUGAUCGACGGCAACGUUGGAGGGUGCGCAAACCAGGACCUGACUACCGCUGAUCUUGCAAAGGUGGUAGAUGAUGGUGGCGGACGUAACUGUCUUUCCAGUACCAGGAGGGCCUUGAAUCAGACUGAGUGGCUUCUGGAGGACGCUCUUUACAGCAUUGUUUUGACUGUUGUUGAGCUCCGGAAGGCCUGGGACGCUGAACUUGCGGGGAAUCGUAACCUUCAUAGGGGCUGCUGCCACUUCGUGACCAAGCAGACGGUGGAAGAUGUAGCCAGAAACACUCAUCUCAUCAAUAGCAAACGUCUUCAUAGCAUGUUGCAUGCGGUCAAAGGAGGUAGCUUUCCAGACAUAGUCGGCACUGAAGUUGUGAGUGCAUUCGGUAGGAACUGA